GCCCUCCAUUCCACCGUAGAUCGUACCGCCAGCCUGCCACACACAGCGUCACCGGCUCCUCCAGAAGCAAAAUGCCGCUCCUGCUCCAGCGCCUCGUCGCCGCCGUCGCCGCCGCGGCCCCCCUCCGCCGCUACCUCUGCACGGCGGUCCCACGCCCUCCCUGGGCCAUGGUGAACAGCCAGGCGGCGCUGGACGCGUCAGGGGCGCCGUCGCAGAGCGCGCGCGCGCUCGUCGACCUCAACACCACCCCCUGCGUCUCCCACCUCUCCGUCCCCGCUCGCCUCGUCGCCCCCCACGGCGACGACAUGGGUUCCCUCGUGGGCAUCGUCCGCGGCGCCAGCUGCGACGGCCUCCUCCUCCUCGACUUCAUCGACGCCCGCCACCGCCCCUUGUGGCCACACGAGUUCGCCGCGGCCCGCGGCGGCGUGGAACCGGAGGGCGAGCUCUUCGUCUGCAACCCUCUCAGCGGGCAGCUGGUCCGCCUCCCGGCCCCGGGCAUGGAUGUCCCCAAAAUGGGAAGUACCUCUUUCGGCCUGCUCACCCAAUCUCAAGGCUCACACGGCCCGCCUGACAGGUACGCCGUCGCUCAGCUCAGCAAAAGCAGUCGCGGGGGAGGGGGGUGCCGCAGGGUCGUGCGCCGGUUUCUGUCCGAGACAGGGGAGUGGGACGAGCGGCCGCUGGUCGGGGAGUUGGAGAUGGAUCCUGGGCGGAGCAUGAUGAUCAACCAUGAGGUGCUGGCGUUGGGCGACCGGCUGUGGUGGUUGGACGUGGCCUGGGGCGCCUGCUCCGUCGACCCCUUCAGCGACCGGCCGGAGCGCCGCUUCGCCGAGCUGCCGCGCUCCAGCGUGCUGCCUGUUUCUGAUUCCCCGACGCUGAGCAGGUACCGGCGCAUGGGGGUCAGCGGCGGGAAGCUGCGUUACGUCCAAGUGUCCCAUGGACACAAGCACGACAAGUGGUGCGUGAUCCUUUCCUUUUCGCUGGAUGACGAGACCUACAGCUGGGCGCUGGAUCAUUCAGCUCAAAUUACAGAUCGGCACGACCCUUGCUAUGUUCAAAUUGCUGCCAUAGACCCAUUCAAUGCCAACCUUGUGUACCUCCAACAUGGUAGCGCUGUUAUUGCCAUGGACCUGGCUAAGGGGGAGGAGAUUUGGAGGGGUUACCUGGCCAAGGAAUUCGUCUUUCAGAAGUUGCUCCACUGUAGUCUUCUUGUUCCGUGCGUGCUCCCAACAUGGCUUGCCACAAGCCAUAUCCCUUCUGCAGGAACCCUUUCAAGCAACAAGGCCGAUUGCAAAAGGAAGACUUUGGCAGACAUGCUGGUUCGCAUAGACAAAUGCUAGACAAACUGAAACGUGACAACUAACUUAUCUCCGGUUCCUUAAAUUUGACCAACAACAGAGUUGAAGGUGGGACCUGUGAGACAAGAGCUCUUUUUUUUUUGAAAGGAGGCAAAAGACUUGCCUCAUUCAUUAAUUAAGAGGGAAAAGAGAGUUUGAAUUUUGUGUUACAACACACAUCGUGCUACAACACCACUACAAAAGGCCUACUCUCGUGGCAUGAUGGAUCCCAAAUUCUUUGCACCCGCGGUGACCCAAGUAUGAGCCUCAAUCUUGAUGUUAGCUAGUAGAAUCGUCGGCGGGGCACUCUUGAGUUGGAAGAUCCGGGCAUUUCUUUCAUUCCAGAUUGUCCAAGAGGUGAGCAUGGAAAGGGUGGCCAUGGCCUUCCUAUUUGGUAUGGUAGAGUCGGAGAGCCCGAUCCACCACUCUUCGGUUGACCGUGCCAGGUGCCAAGCGGAAGUGUUGAUGCUUUCGAGCUGGAGCCAAUCUUUUAGCAUUUCCCAAAGUCUAGUAGUGUAUCGGCAUCUGAAGAGGAGGUGGUCGAUGGAUUCUUGCACACGCUUGCAAAGAGGACAAAGCCCGCAAUUGGGCCACCCCCGGUUGGUCAAACGGUCGGCAGUCCAAACCCUAUUUUGCAUGGCCAACCAUGCGAAAAAUUUGACCUUGGGCGGGGCCCAGGCCUUCCACACUGUAAGCUCCAUGGAGGAGCGGAUGGUGCCGAAAAAUUGGGCCAAGUAGGCGGAUUUGGCAGUGUAUAUCUCGCUCUCUGUGUGUUUCCACACGAUGUCGUCUUCGGCGUGCGCCUCAAGAUGGAAAUCGCGGAUGGUGGUCCAAAGCUCAAUAAAUUGUCGAAGAUGUUCGAAAGUGAAGUUGGAAGUGACCUUGAUC